AUGGCUGAUUUAACGAGCAUUCUUAAAGCUGAACUUGGAGUUAAAUCUCACGAUCAACAUCAUCAUCAUGAUCAUCACCAUCAGCAUGAUAAAAUUAUUGUACCAAGUAGUAUGAAAGUCAAAAAUGAUACUACUCAUGAAUUACAAUCACAACUUGGUCAUGGUAAAGAACUUGAUGAAGAAAUACAACACGAAAAAGACAAAGUUCAUAAUACCUAA